AUGCGGGACCUGGGCAACCGCCUGGCGCUCUACCGCGAGGCCGCGGAGCGGCAGGCGGGGCCGGGCGACGCGCCUGGGCGCACCUUCAUCGAGCGGUACGGGCAGUAUGCGGCCACGCUGGCGGAGAAGGUGGGCACCUUCCGCGAGAAGGAGGCCGCCACGCGCGACCGCUUCCGCUCGCACAUCGAGUGCUUCGUCCCAGGCGCGCUGCUGGAAGCCAUGGGCCUGGUCGCGCCGCCGCCGCACUGCCAGAUCCACGUGCCGGGCGACGCCGACGGCGCCGUGCUGGCCGUCGGCGUGGAGGACGUGUAUGCUUUCCAGCUGCCCUGGGACGCGUCGGCCAUGCUGCUGAGCAGCGGCGCCCGGUCCGCCCUGGCCGCCAAGGACGAGGUGGCGGGCGCGCUGGCGGCGCAGCUGCAGGCCGCGCGCGCCACGCUGGCCGCCUACGAGGCGCGCAUCGGCGAGCUGGAGGCCGCGCUGGGGGCGCAGCGUGGGGUGGAAAGCGCGGCCGGCGCGCAGAGCGGCACGCCGGCCCUGGGCUUGGGGGAGGGCGCGAUGCUUGGGCAGGAAGGGGACCGCCGGGGGGCCGACGCCGCGGGCGGCGGCGACGGCCAGCCCGGCGCGGCCACGCCCUUUGCGGCGGCGGGGGCGCAGGCGGGCGCGGCCGACGCGGCGCGGCUUGCAGCAGGCCGGCCGGCUCCGGUUCGCCGCCCACACGGCGCGCCGGGCUCGGGCGUGCCCGCGGCGGCGAGCCAGGCGGCGUCCGCCUCAUUCACGCCCUCGGGGGCGCUCGACGCGGGGUCGGGUCCCGCCGCCGGCGUGUCGCUGGGCGCGCUGUCCUCUUCGCCGGCCUUUCUUUCUGCGUGUGCGGCAGGGCCGACGGCAGGAGAGGGGUGGCAGGAGCCGGGCCUGCUCGAGAGCCCCGCGCAGCGUGUCGACGGGCACGAUGCCGACCUGGCACAAGAAGGCGCGGAUCAUUCAGAGCCCAGGACCCUUGUUGCGGCGGGGGACGCGGCGUUGGCGGCGGCCAAGUCGCCGCCGGUGAUCCUGGAAGGGCGGGACGAAGCGUCCUCUGGAGGCAGCGAAGCGCUGCCGGCAGUGGUGGAGGAUGCUCGGCCGGCAGGCGACGGGGCAGUCAUGCUCGCGCCUGGCAACGACAGCGAGCUCGGUGAGGGGGGGCUGGAUGCUGGCGUGUCUGAGGAGGCUGCGUCGGAGGAGGCCGCGCCUGAGGGAGUUACGCCUGAGGGGGCCGCGCCAGAUCUGGGCGACCAGGACGCUGAGUCUGAGCCUGCCAAUGACGCCCCAUCUGAGAACGUCCCCGAGACCGCCGUGGCGGCUGUCGAGGAAAUUCCCAUCAGCCCUAUCGAGGCCAACCUGAAGGAUGCUGCCACAGACGUCCCUGCCACUGCCCCUCCUGCCGAGACUGCAGAGGAUGCCCCUGAGGCAGUGGGCGAGUACGCACAGCUCGAGCCCAGCGGCACCGUCCCACUCAAGGCUACCCCGCAGCCCGCUUCCGAGCAGGAGCGUGAGCAAAGCGCAGUGCCUGCGACUGAGGCCGCCGUGGCUUCAUCAGAGGCCGCCUUGGAACCCUCGCUCGCUCCCACUGUGACGCUCGAGGCCGACAGUACCUCAGCCGAGGCUCGCGAGGGGCCCGCCCUUUCAGCAGCAGAUGCUGGGGAUGUCCCUGUGCCCAUGGCCCCCGCCAGAGAGCAGCCAGCGAUGGAGCCGGUGCAUGAUGAGUUCAGCGACGUGGAAGGCAUCGAGGCAGCGACAUCGAGCGAAGAGGAUGAGCAGGCUGCGGCGCGGGACGGAGCUGGCAGCGUCGCAUGA